AGUAUAUUCGUCAACAUGAAGGUAACCAGCGCGUGCAUUUUACUGGCUGUGCUUCUGUGCUCUGCCGUCGUGGCUGGAGAGGUUUACGCUAGCACUUGUCAGAAGUGUAAAAGUAUCGGGGCCAGCUUCUGUGGGUCCGGUACAUUGCGCACCAAGGGAUUCUUGUGCCAAGGCCAGACGGCGAUUAGAAGCUGUAAUGACUGCAGGGCUCACCAGGGCAGAUGCGUUUCAUCGGAUUGUUACUUAUGAACGAAAUGCAUAGAGAGGUACAGCUUGGUUCUCGAAAUGAUAGCAACGAAUCUUAAACAUUCGUCUUCUAUGUAGAGGAGUGAAUCAAGCUAUUUAGAAAAAUAGUAGUACGAAUGUCUGAAUAAAAAAACAUUCGUCUGC